AAACAAAAUGUCCAAAUCUUACCACAAUCUACAACAACAAGUAGAUAGAAUUGAUCACAGUCCACCGAUGGUCCACCAUAGACUUGAUCACAGUCCUUCAGUGGUCCAUCAAGUACCUAGGUUUUAUCACAGUCCACCUAUGGUUCACCGCAGAUUUGACCACAAUCCUCCAAUGAUCCAUCAAAUACCUAGGUUUGACCACAAUCCACAAAUGGUCCGCCCCAGAUUUGACCACAAUCCACAUAUGAUCCGUCACAGAUUUGACCACAAUCCACGAAUGGUCCACCCCAGAUUUGAUCAUAAUCUACGAAUGGUCCAUCCCAGAUUUGACCAUAAUCCACAAAUGGUCCACCCCAGAUUUGAUCAUAAUCUACGAAUGGUCCAUCCCAGAUUUGACCAUAAUCCACAAAUGGUCCACCCCAGAUUUGAUCAUAAUCCACGAAUGGUCCACCCCAGAUUUGACCACAAUCCACGAAUGGUCCACCCCAGAUUUGACCACAAUCCACGAAUGGUCCACCCCAGAUUUGACCAUAAUCCACGAAUGGUCCGUCACAGAUUUGACCAUAAUCCACAAAUGGUCCAUCACAGAUUUGACCACAAUCCACAAUUGGUCCAUCAAAUACCUAGGUAUUAUCACAGUCCACCAAUAGUUCACCACAGAUUUGAUCAUAGUCCUCCAAUGGUCCAUCAAAUAACUAGAUUAGACCACAGUCCAGCGCUGGUCCAACACAGAUUUGACGAGAGUCCACAAGAUGACUCUCACAAUCCAACAAAAUCCUGGAUACUUCAAAUGCAUAGAUGUUUUGAUUUAGAAUAACGAAUAAAUACAUUUAAAAAUAAAAUA